CGCUAAAAAAAAAAAAAAAAAAGAAGAAGGAAAAAAGAGGCAGAGAAAGACUUGGGGACCAGAGAGCCAGGCGAGAGGGAGUCGGUGCAAUCGGGCCCCCUUCCCCGUCUGAGCGCGUCGCGUCUCCUCCGAGCCCCCGGCGACCCCAGAGACCCCUGCUGGGAGCCAGCCAGACCCUAAGCGCCAAGGCCUUUCGGGGGCGCGGGGCGUCCCGGGUCGCCGCCGCCCUCGGGGCGGGACAGCCCCUGGCCGUGCCGCCGCCGCCGCUGGGCGAUCUCCAAGCGGGGAUCUCCAAGCGCUGCCCGGCUCGGCUCGGCUCGGCGGCGGGCCAGGAGGGGAGGGUCCGGCCUUGCCCCGCAGGCGUCCAUUGGCGGCUUCCCCCGGCCUCCGCGCCAUGCCUCCGGCCGUGUGAGCCUGGGCUCCGGAGCCCGCAGGUGCCCGCGGGAGCGCCAGGCCCAGUUGGGGAGGGGGCGCUGCGCUCGCCAUGCUGCGAGGGCCCCGGGCCCUGGCUCCAGCUGCCGGGCCGCCCUCGAAGGGACUGCCCGCGAUGAGCCCUACCGAGCUGUGGCCACCCGGCCUCAGCAGCCCCCAGCUCUGCCCGGCCACCACCACCUACUACACCUCGCUGUACCCGCAGACUGUGCCUCCCACUGCGGCGCCCGGCACCUGCCUCGACGCCACCCCCCACGGACCGGAGGGCCAAGCUGUGCGAUGCGUGCCGGCUGGCCGGCUGCCGGCCAAAAGGAAGCUGGACCUGGAGGGGAUCGGGAGGCCCGCAGUCCCUGAAUUCCGGACUCCCAAGGGGAAGUGCAUUAGAGUGGACGGCCUCCCCAGCCCCAGAACCCCCAAGUCCCCCGGAGAGAAGACUCGGUAUGACACUUCGCUGGGGCUGCUCACCAAGAAGUUCAUUUACCUCUUGAGCGAAUCCAAGGAUGGGGUCCUGGACCUGAACUGGGCCGCCGAGGUGCUGGACGUGCAGAAACGCCGUAUCUAUGACAUCACCAACGUGCUGGAGGGUAUCCAGCUCAUCCGUAAGAAGGCCAAGAACAACAUCCAGUGGGUAGGCAGGGGAAUGUUUGAAGACCCCACCCGGCCUGGGAAGCAGCAGCAGCUGGGGCAGGAGCUGAAGGAGCUGAUGAGCACGGAGCAGGCCUUGGACCAGCUCAUCCAGAGCUGCUCUCUGACCUUCAAGCACCUGACUGAGGACAAGGCCAACAAGAGACUGGCCUAUGUGACUUACCAGGACAUCCGUGCCGUUGGCAACUUUAAGGAGCAGACGGUGAUCGCGGUCAAGGCCCCUCCCCAGACAAGACUGGAGGUGCCCGACAGGAGUGAGGAGAACCUGCAGAUAUAUUUGAAGAGCACGCAGGGGCCCAUCGAAGUCUACCUGUGCCCAGAGGAAGUGCGGGACCCAGACAGCCCUGCCCAGGAGCCCCUCCCCCCCUCCUCCCCCCUUGGCCCCAGCCCUGACUCCACCCAGCCCAGCAGCAGCACUGACCCUGGGAUGACAGAACCCACGGCAUCCCCAGCUCCAGCGCUGACUCCCCAGCAGGUCCCGCAGCCGCCCGCGCCCCCGCCCCCACCGCUGGUCCCCCUGGAGGCCACGGACAGCAUGCUGGAACUGCCGCACCCACUUCUACAGCAGACUGAGGACCAGUUCCUGUCCCCGAGCCUGCCGUGCAGCUCACCCCUGAUCAGCUUCUCCCCGCCCCUGGACCAGGACGACUACCUGUGGGGCUUGGACGGGGGUGAGGGCAUCAGUGACCUCUUCGACUCCUACGACCUCGGGGACCUGCUGAUUAAUUGAGUGGCCCUGCCUGCCCCCAGCAGCCCGCCCCUGGCUCUACCUCCUCACAGACUGACAGGCCCUCUGCCCACACAGGGACGUGGGACACAAGGUGCUGCCCUCAGGGUAGGGGGGCCUCUUCUCUUUCUUACCCCCUGCCAGCCGAAGUUGUCUCAGCCAGAGUGGGGAGGUACGUAGAGGAUUUGGGUGAGGAGUGUAUCAGGAGUUGGGUCCUCUCUUUCCUCAUGGAAGCUGGGCCUGGGGAGGCCCACCCAGCUUCUGACCUCUGACCUCCCACAUGAAGGGCCACAGGUGAGGCAAACAGGUCCAGGGAAAGGCCCUGCCCCUGCCUUUUGGGAGGAAUUAGGACCCUGAGUUUAUCAAGAAGCACUUAAUGCCUUUGUAUUUAUUUCAGGUUGAGUUUUGUUUGUUUGUCUUCCCUGAGUUUUUAGCAGGGAGAUUGUUCUAGUUUCUAGUAAGACUUCUCAGACAGGCUCAGUGCUGUCCACGGUCCAGGGGCAGGCCAGGGCUUCCAGGGCCCCCAGCCAGGUCCCCGAUUUCCCCGUAGCAGUGGGCUGGGUCUCUGGGGGGGCUCUCCGGUCUGCUAGAACGCUACCUGCACUUAGGCCUCGUAAUUCUAGUAAGUGGUGGCUGCAGGCCCUCGGGCUCCACCUGCCCGUGGUCUCCCGCUGAGGCGGCAGCCUUGGGUUCCUGGUCUCCUCUGUCCCAGAGGGGUCGCAGGGAGCCAUCCCAGGGCUGGCGGCAUCGAGGCUGCAGUUACGGAGACCCACUUCCUAUGGAAUUCCCUACCUCUCCGUCCCCUUACAACACGGAAAACGACCCUCUAGGGAGUCAACACUGAAAGCCCCCCCUCCGCCCCCCGAGAAACAUGGACAGGAACGUGGAAGCUGCUACAGGCCUGCUGAGGGCACCUUUCCUCCAUUUGUGCCUCUUGCUUGGGCCAGGUGCUGUCUUACACCGAGCUCCUGGCAGGGAGUGGCAGGCAAGAAACUGCCAGAAAGCACACCCUCUGGUAGCAGCUGGUAUCAUCCUCCCCUUCCCUGGAAGGAUUUUUUUCUUCAUUGAAGGGAGUCAUUCUUUAAGGAUCUGCUCUCCCCUGCAGCUCUCACAUAGACCUCCCCCACCCCAGGACAGACCGUGACCAGGAUUUGGUGGCAUUUUGGCUCCUUUUGUCACUGGAAUGCCAAAGGGCUGACAGGGAGGAGUCUUCAUUGCAGACCAGACCUUGGCAGCUGAUGGGGAGACAGGCUUAUGUUACCUCUUCAGGCUUAGGGUCCUGAGAAGGUCUCUUGCCCUGCCCCCACCCCCAGAGGCUUGACCAUCCCACAGUGUCUCUGAAGCCCACUUUGUGGGGGAGGGGGUCAGCUCUCCUCCCCACCCAACCUGGGAUGAGGCUGCUCAGGGCUGAACCAAGGCUGUGCCCUCUGGAGAGAGGCCGCCAGGGAUGGUGGUCUAAGAGGCCCACCGCCCACCCUCAGGGAGCUAGGUUUCCUCAGGGGCUCAGCUGGGCAGCACUUUUUUUUUUUUUUUUAAGUUUGUAGCAUUAAGUUGGUUUUAAAUAUGAAGUUGGCCUCAUGGGCUGGCUCCUGAGCUCACCGGAGGCUGGCGUCUGAAGCUGGGGAGGUGGACUUCUUUGGGGGUGGGGUCCGAUGUGAGCUAAUGCCCAGACGGGGAUGGUGUGCCUUGUCAUUUUUGCAACUUCCCGGGCCCCUCACUGUGCCCUCUCAGGAGCAGAUGUCCAGCUCUGGAAACAGGGCUAAUUUUGUAUGCUUUACAGAGAUGCUUUUGGUCUCCUCUCCCCAGAUACUCACAGGGGGUCUCAUCAGAAGCCUGUUUGGCAGCCCACUAUGUCAGGGUCAAGGGACUACCUUGGCCUUUGGGCAAGGGACAGGAGUGUUGCAUGGAAUCUGGUUGGGGGCAUAUGGGGCUGAGAUGGCCUUGCUGUUCUGAGGUCUCUCGUCUGCCAUUGAGGCAUGUCCCAUCUCUGAAGACAGAGACGUUUGACUUCCAUGCCUUUGGCUUUGUCUAGAGUUUUCUCCUAGAAUUGAAUCAGAGAAAAAGGAGAAGAGGCCUGCAGGACCCACCGGGAAUGAGUUUAACAGUAAAGUCGGGCUAGAAUUCGAGCUCAUUCCCCAAACGCUGAGCCAUAGUGUUGGACAGAGGGGCUGCUCCUCGGGCCCAAGGCCUGUACCCUGAGCAGCUGCCCCUGUUCUGUGCUAUCCCCUCCAUACCCUGCCUGGCCCCGGGGCUGGACAGCCCAGGCCAAGCCUCAGGCUGUGGGGGGUGACAAGCUCAUGCCUCUUUCUUGCCAGUGACACUUGAAACCUCUCAAGAGUUCCAUCAAGUGCUUUAAGCAUGCCUUUUGGAUGGUAUUUCCUUUAGGGGCCAUGUAAACUUUAGGACUAGGGAGGAAGAAAAGCUACUUUUCUUUCUGAGGUACAUUAUUUCUGCCAGGACAUUUCCCAGCCCCAAGUCCCCUGUGUCCCCGGGGGCACCAGAGGCUUGGAGACUCCAGGGAACUCAGUAGCAUUACGUUGUGCGUAGAGUUGGAGAUUCAGAGAGAUUUCUUAAAACCAGGGACGUGCUCCCAUGUCCCUUCCCAUGAAAAAUAUUUGCUAGACCCGUGUGGUGUCCCUUCUCUGCAGCAAUGCUGUGGUUGGACUGAGGUUGCUGUGGGAGGACGAGGGGGAUGGUGGAGCUCAGAAAGCUGGUUCUGGGAGAGGAUUGGCUUGACUUUCUGUCCCCCAGCAUUCUCAGCCUCAGUUUUGCAGUGUUUCAUUCCUAGUAAAAGCGUCUGGGUGUUCCCGCCUCAGCGUCGCGUGGCUUUAGUGCGUUUGAAGUGAAAGCCUUUUGGGGUUGUUUGCAAGCAGCUGUCUGAUUCUCAUCAUUGUGUCCCAGGGUCCCCACCUCAGCCUGGGACUCUGUUCUCGCACGAGGACCCUUGGUGACCAGAAGCCCAGCCAGCCCACGGGCUCCUGGGUGAGGGAAGAAGCCUGGUAGAUGGCAGGUGUGUCUUGAGGGUGAUUAGGCCCAAGGGCACCUGGUCCCUGUGCUGGGACUCUACACAGGUCACUUCCCUCUGGUCUGGUUUUUGCCCCGGGUCCUGCCUUGAUGAACACCAUGUAAACCUCCUGUGCUGUGAUAAUCGGGCAUUAAAUGGCAACUCUGGACACCUUGA